AUGUCUAAAACAAUUCCAGCCGAUCAUGUACGACUUCUUCGACAAUUUGUUACCUUAUGUGAUGCUCAACCUGAGAUGCUUCUCGCACCUGAACUUGAAUUCUUUCGGGAAUGGCUUGUUAAAUUAGGAGCAAUAAUUCCGCCUGAUUUAAGUCAUCAUACUUCAGAAUCAAAAACAGAAGAAAAGGAAACAACUGAUGCUCAUCAUGAAAGUACUUCAUCAUCGAAAGUUCAUGAAGAACCACCAAAAGUUGAAAGUGAUCCAGAGAGUGAAUUGGAAUUGGAUGCAACUGGUGUCAUUGAAGGCGAUCAUGAGCCACCACAAUCAAUGGGUGAUCCUGAUAUUGAGGUUACAGAUGCUAUGUUAGAACAAGCCGAUGCCAAACGAGGUGAAGCUCAGGCAAAACUUUCUGAAGGUGCAAUUGAAGAAGCUAUUACUUUGUUUACACAAGCUAUUGAAAACAAUCCACAAUCGGCUAUUCUCCAUGCAAAACGUGCUCAAUGUUAUAUUAAGCUUCAAAAGCCGAAUGCAGCUAUACGUGAUUGUGAUCGUGCUUUAGAGUUAAAUGAAAAUUCGCAACAAGCACUCAAAUGGAGAGGCAAAGCUCAUCGUAUGUUGGGCAAUUGGGAAGGAGCUUAUAAAGAUUUUUGUAAAGCACAAUUGUCUGAUUUUGAUGAAGAUGUUCAAACAUGGUGCAAAGAAGUUGAAGCAAAUGCUAAGAAGCUUGCUGAACAUAAACGUAAACAUGAACGUCAUCGAGAAACAAAAGAAGCCGAUGCUAAACGAGAACGUAUUCGUCAAGCUCAAGAAGCUUAUGCUAAAGCACAACAAGAAGAAAAUGAACGACGAACACGAGAACAACAAUCACGCUCUGCAGGAGGUCAACAAUUUCCAGGAUUUCCAGGAGGUAUGGGCGGAAUGGGAGGUAUGGGUGGAAUGGGAGGUAUGGGCGGAAUGGGAGGCAUGGGCGGAAUGGGUGCUGGAGCUGAUUUAGGAGGUUUAGGAGCCGUUAUGAAUGAUCCAGAAAUAUUAGAAGCAUUACAAGAUCCAGAUGUACAACGGGCCUUCUCGGAAGUUAGUGCUGAUCCUUCAAAAUUAGCUGCUCAUCAAAGCAAUCCCAAGGUACGUAAAGUCAUGGAGAAACUGGCUAGCAAGUUUGGCGGCGCCGGUGGACCCAUGGGUGGUGGUUUCCCCAAUUUUCCAGGUGGAAUGGGUGGCGGAGCUGAUACCAACGAUCUUGAUUGA